GAACCCGUGCCAGGGUCAGCGUCCCUCCGACAGAAGUCAGGAAUCCUACCCCACCCCACCCCACCCCCCCUUCUCCUGGAUCUCACAUCUAGAACCUCGGGAUUAGCCCAUCCCUCUGCCCACUGCCCUCGACCUGGUCGGACAGAUGUUUGGGCACACUGGGAGAGUCAGGCGCCAUGCUGCGUGUUUCCAGUCUCUUUGCAUAAACUUGAUGUCCAUAAACUCACAAUCCUGGGUCCUGAGUCCAGAUCUAGAGGAGUGGUGAAGGCCAGAGGUGGGAGCAUAAUUCAGACUCAGCCGUGAGGGAAGCUUGGGUCAGGCCACAGUAACAGCUAACUCUUGCAUAGUUUAGAGCGUGCCAGAUGCUAUUCUAAACACCUCCAAUCUGGUUUGUUGGUAGUAUUGACUCCAUUUUACAGGUGAGGAACUGAGGCCCAGGGCAGUUGGUAACUGACCUGAGAUCUCAGAGUUAGUAAGUGACUGCUCCAGGCAGAAGGAAAGGCCCUUUGAGUGGAGAACUAUGAGCCAGUAGUUCCCUCCUACUUCAGCGUGGCUCCGGGUAGGUUGGUUGGCAGACCAUACUGGGAAUCUGGACUUUCUUGUGAAGGGAUCUGAAGGUAUUAAGGACAUCAGAAGGAGUUAGAGCCUGCCAUUCGAGACCUUAACUGUCACCAGCUAUUCUACCUCGUAGAGCUGCCAGGACCCUGGGCUGUCCCUGUCCGAGUAGCCUGAGUGCAGCUGAAGGGCUCUUGCUCCCUUGGGUUUCAAGACCUACAUCCCAGGGGGGAAAUUCUAAUACCCUCUAGUGGACAUGUACUCAUCGUUGGCUUUACUAGGGGAUCAUUCCACCCCCAGUGUCCCCCAGUUCUCUUCCCCACCAGGAAGCAAACUAUACCUCACUCACAAACUUCCUUCACGGACAGGAAGUCCAUGCCAUGCUUUCAGCCGUCUAUACAAGGUUGCCAGCCAGAUGCCAGCGCCGUCGGCCGACCCGGCGCGCCCCCACGCGUGCCCGGACUGCGGCCGUGCCUUUGCACGCCGCUCCACACUAGCCAAACAUGCGCGCACGCACACGGGCGAGCGUCCCUUCGCGUGCACGGAGUGCGGCCGGUGCUUUUCGCAGAAGUCGGCGCUGACUAAGCACGGCCGCACGCACACGGGCGAGCGACCCUACCAGUGCCCAGAGUGCGACAAGCGCUUCUCCGCCGCCUCGAACCUGCGGCAGCACCGGCGGCGUCACACGGGCGAGAAGCCGUACGCAUGCGCACACUGCGGCCGGCGCUUUGCGCAGAGCUCCAAUUACGCGCAGCACUUGCGCGUGCACACGGGCGAGAAGCCUUACGCGUGCCCGGACUGCGGGCGAGCCUUCGGCGGAAGUUCGUGCCUGGCGCGCCACCGACGCACGCACACGGGCGAGCGCCCGUACGCAUGCGCCGACUGCGGCACGCGCUUCGCUCAGAGCUCGGCGCUGGCCAAGCACCGGCGCGUGCACACGGGCGAGAAGCCGCAUCGCUGCGCCGUGUGCGGCCGGCGCUUCGGCCACCGUUCCAACCUGGCGGAGCAUGCGCGCACGCAUACGGGCGAGCGGCCCUACCCGUGCACGGAGUGCGGCCGGCGCUUCCGCCUCAGCUCACACUUCAUCCGCCACCGUCGCGCGCACAUGCGGCGCCGCCUCUACAUCUGCGCUGGCUGCGGCCGAGACUUCAAGCUACCCGCCAGUGCCACAGCCGCCACGCCCACCGAGCGCUGCCCGGAGUGCGAGGGCAGCUGAGCCACGGCGGGGCAGCGAGGGGCGCUUGGGGUUGGCACCCGGAUGGCUCCUUCUGCGCCUGCACCCGGGUCGGGGUGCUUUGGGGCCGGGCGACAGGGAGUGCCCUAACUGGGGUCCCUAGAAACCGUGUCCCGUCCCCAGCUACAUUCCCUUGGCCUUUCUGAGUGAAUAAAGUAUUCAAUCCUCCUCA